GCAUGACCACUCUCAUGAACAAUAUGAGCUUGUUGGUGUACUAGGAACGAUCAUCGAAUUUAUAAACGCGAUGUUUUUGAAUGGUUGUCGUAAUAAUGAUAUAAUAAUGUUAAAGUCAUUACGUCGUGUUUCUGUGAUUACGAGUUCUUCAAAAUUUGCUCAAAUCAAUAGACGUCUCUUGUCGAAAUGGUCUCCCGCUACAUUAGGCACCUUCAGGCUACCUGAUAUAGAUAAUGAGCCUAUGAAAAGUUAUCCACCGGCUAGCGAGGAUCGUGUAAAGCUUCAAAAUGCAAUAAAGGAACUUAUAAAUGAUGCGCCGGUCGAAAUUCCCGUUUUCGUUAAUGGAAAAAUGAUUUACACUGGAAAGGUAGCAGAACAAAGAAAUCCGUCAGAUCAUAUUUCCAUAUUAGCGAAAUAUCACGAAGCCAAUCCAUCAGUUGUCGAAGAAGCCAUCGAAGGGGCGCUGGCUAUUAAGCCUAUUUGGGAAGCUUAUCCUAUAGCCGAUAGAUCGGCUAUCUUCUUGAAAGCUGCUGACUUGGCGGCUGGUAAAUACCGUUACAAACUUUUGGCUGCUACAAUGCUCGGACAAGGCAAGAAUGCAUGGCAAGCUGAAAUUGACGCAGCAGCUGAAACGAUAGACUUUUGGCGAUUUAAUGUAAAAUACGCUCACGAAAUGUACCAACAGCAACCCAUCAAAAACUCUCCCGGAGUAUGGAAUCGAGUGGAAUAUCGUCCUCUGGAUGGUUUUGUCUAUGCUAUUUCUCCAUUCAACUUUACGGCUAUUGGCGCUAAUCUUCCAAGCGCCCCUGCGCUACUGGGCAAUGUUGUUCUUCAUAAACCUUCUGCUGGUGCCAUCCUCUCCAAUUGGGUUAUCAUGGAGAUACUGAGAGAAGCAGGAUUACCUGAUGGCGUAAUACAAUUCAUCCCUGGACCCGCUCAACAGAUUACCGAACAAAUAUUAAAGUCACCGGACUUUACUUCGUUGCAUUUUACCGGUUCCACGGAGGUGUUCAGGAAGCUAUGGAAAGACAUCGGGAAUAACAUUAAUAAUUACAAGUCAUACCCAAGAAUAGUUGGGGAAACCGGCGGAAAAAAUUUUCACGUCAUUCACGAAUCAGCUAACGUGACGAACGCUGUGAAUCAAACUAUUCGCGGAGCUUUUGAAUAUCAAGGGCAGAAGUGUUCAGCUUGUUCGCGUGUAUAUGUCCCGGAUAAGUUGUGGGAAGAAUUCCGUAGUGAUUUGCUUCAGAAACACGCCACAAUUAAUGUUGGCCCGGUAGAUGAUUUUUCCAACUUUCUGGGACCUGUAAUCAACGCAAAUGCAUUUGAAAAAAUAAAGUCUUAUAUCGAAUGGGCCGAACAGGAUUCAGAAAGUGAAAUCUUGGCGGGAGGAACUUAUGAUGAUUCCAAAGGGUAUUUUGUACAGCCAACAAUCAUUGUGACCAAGAAUCCCAAGAGCAGAACCAUUGUUGAAGAGAUUUUUGGACCUGUACUGACAAUUUAUGUAUAUAAAACGGAUGAAUACGAACAGAUAUUAGACGUAGUAGACAAAACAUCUAGUUAUGCACUGACAGGAUCCAUAUUUGCACAAGACCGUGCCGCAAUAUUGCUAGCUCAAAGUAAAUUACGUCAUUCAUCUGGCAAUUUCUAUAUCAAUGAUAAGUCCACCGGUGCAAUUGUAGGUCAGCAACCGUUUGGUGGUUCAAGAGCCUCUGGAACUAAUGACAAAGCCGGGAGCAUCAAUUUGUUAUAUCGGUUUUCGUCAAUGCGCACCAUCAAAGAGAAUUUCAUCAACAUCGAUGAUUAUUAUUAUCCAUCCAACCUAAUUUAG